AUGGAUUCCAGAAGAAGCACGCCAUCUCCUUCUCUCCUCUUCUUCUUGAUCCUCUCUCUCAAGGCCUACCUCUCCAAUGGUUCAGAUUCCAUCAACCCAACUCAACCUCUUAGUUGGCCCCACAACCUAACCUCCCAAGGUGGGACAUUUGAACUGGGUUUCUUCACACCAGGCAAGUCCAAAAACUACUACAUAGGCAUCUGGUACAAACAAGUCUCUGAACAAACAGUUGUCUGGGUAGCCAACAGAGAAAAACCCCUCCCAGCUCUCUCUGAUUCAAUCUUAAAAAUUGCAGAAGAUGGCAAUCUAGUCCUCCUCAGCCCCAAAAAUUUGCCAAUCUGGUCCACCAAUUUAACAUCCAAGCCGCUGAAUUCGACGGUUGUGGUCCUCCUAGAAACUGGAAAUCUCGUUAUGAGAGAUCGGUUUGAUCCAUCCAUCGUGCACUGGCAGAGCUUUGAUCACCCAACUCAUACAUGGCUGCCUGGAGGUUGGCUCGGAUUAAACAAGGCUACAGGUGAAAAGCAACAGCUUACUUCAUGGAAGAACUCAGAAGAUCCGGCCCCUGGGCAGUUCUCUCUUGAGAUAGACCCAGGCGGGAGCAACCAGUAUUUUAUCAUGUGGAAUGGGACUGAAAAGUACUGGACUAGUGGGAUUUGGGAUGGGGUGAUUUUCAGCAAAGUCCCUGAAAUGGGGGUGAACUAUAUGUUCGAUUUCAGCUUCAUCGAAGAUGAACAGAGGAAAUAUUUCACUUACUCAAUGAAAAAUGAUUCUACACUUUCAAGAUUCGUUAUGGAUCUUUCAGGCCAGAUCAAGCAGCUUACAUGGUUGAAAGACUUCCAUAUAUGGAAUCUGUUCUGGUCGCAGCCGAUAUCUCAAUGCGAGGUUUAUGGUCUCUGCGGGGCCUUCGGGAGCUGCAAUGGGAAGAGAUCGCCAUUCUGUACGUGCUUGCCUGGUUUUGAGCCUAAGUCUCUAAAGGACUGGAAUUUGGGGAGCUGGUCAGGGGGUUGCAUGCGGAAAACCCAUUUGGGGUGCGGGCAGAAUGGAUCGUUUACUGGUAAGAAAAAUGGCUUCUGGGUUUUGCCUGACAUGAAGCUUCCUGCCGGAUUGCGUUCGCGUUCGUUGGCGGUUGGGACUACCCGAGAAUGCGAAUGGGCUUGCUUAUAUGAAUGUUCUUGCACUGCUUAUGCUUUCCAGGGCAGGUGUUUGAUAUGGAAUGGAGAUUUGUUGGAUCUGCAGCAGCUGUCUGAUGGAAAUGUUGAAGGUAGGACUCUUCAUCUCCGCCUUGCGAUGUCUGAACUGAAGAAUUCGGACGGUCCUAAGGGUACCAUUACAUGGGCCAUUGUAGGUGCGGUUGCAGGGUCUAUUUUUCUAUCGAGUAUUGUUGGGUUUUUUAUUUGGAGGUGGCGUCAGCGACGGAAUAUAGAACGUUCGGAGGUGGUUCAAGACUCCUUGAUUGCAUUUAACUACAAAAGUCUGCUGAUUGCAACGAAGAAUUUCUCGGAGAAAUUAGGCUGUGGAGGUUUUGGUUCUGUUUUCAAAGGGACUCUGACUGAUCUAACAAUCGUGGCAGUAAAGAAGCUUGAAGGGCUUCAGCAAGGAGAGAAGCAGUUCCGGAUGGAGGUAAGCACGAUCGGGAUGAUCCAGCACGUUAAUCUCAUCCACCUUCGUGGGUUUUGCUCAGAGGUGGCUAAAAGGCUGCUCGUCUACGAAUACAUGCCGAAUGGUUCUUUGGAUUCUCAUCUGUUUGGUCAGAAUUCCAACAUCCUGGAUUGGCCGACGAGGUACCAGAUUGCGAUUGGGACAGCAAGAGGAAUAGAUUAUCUUCACGAGAAAUGCCGAAACUGUAUCAUACAUUGCGACAUUAAGCCAGAAAACAUACUUCUGGAUGCUGGGUUCUGCCCGAAGGUUUCAGAUUUUGGCCUGGCAAAGCUCUUUGGGCGGGAAUUCAGCAGGGUUUUAACAACCAUGAGAGGAACGAUAGGUUAUCUUGCGCCUGAAUGGAUUUCAGGCCUGGCGAUCACGCCGAAGGCCGAUGUCUACAGCUAUGGGAUGAUGGUUUUCGAGAUCAUAUCAGGGAGGAGGAAUACAGAGCAAUGGGCGGUUGGGGAAAGGGCGUUUUUCCCAACUUGGGCUGUGAGGAAAAUCAUCAGCGGCAAAAUCUAUUGCUUGUUGGAUUACAGAUUGGAGGGAAAUGCGAACAUGGAAGAGCUCAGCCGAGCUUGCAGAGUCGCUGGCUGGUGCAUUCAGGACAACGAGAAUGACAGGCCGUCGAUGGGGCAGAUUGUUCAAAUUUUGGAGGGUGUUUUGGAAGUGAAUGUGCCACCAGUACCAAGAUCGCUUCAGAUUCUCAUGGAAGAUCAGAACAUGGUUUCUUUCUCUGAGUCUUCGCCGUCUGCUUGUCAAAUCUCUCAGGUGCCAAGCAAUACUUCAAUGAAUUCAAGGUAAAAAAGUUCUUUGUGGGCAAGUUACAAGUAACAAUGAUCGUCGUGGAGAGAUCUGGACCGUCCGAAUGUUCCAAUUCAGAUAAUGGCAUAGAAAUUACAGUUUGUUUUAUUAGCUUUGGCUUGUUUAGUUUUUGUUUUUAUAUAUAGGCCACGUUUGGAUGUUCAAUUGAAUUCAGUCGAAUAGUGCUCCCAAUUUGUGGUUUAGAUUAUUGUUUCAGGUCCAUCUUGAAACCAUGGAAUCGCAAUGGUGCCAUUCCCACUAAGCUAAUUGUUCUGUAUCCGUCCGAUUAUUGUGUUUCAGUUAGAUUGAGGAUCCAAAAGCGCCAUAGGUUUCUUUGAAAUCCUAUAGAAAUAACAGCUGCUUGAAAUUGUCGUAUUUAGAUUACUAUUGCUGGAUUGAAGCUUC